AAUAAUGAAAAAAAAUGGCUUGUCCUCGUCUUCUUUCUCUGAAACAAUACUAAUACAGUUCAUCUUCUCCGUCUUCCUCUUUCCGCCGUUGCUGCCGUCUCCACCACCGCCCUCGUCGCCCGUCCUAACAGCGGCGUUCUUUACUCUCUUCUGCUACACAGCGGCGUUCUUCUUCCUUUUAAGAUUCAACACUUGUAAUGGUGGCGCCACCGUUCAACAUCAUAAAGAGUUUUCAAGUUCUUCAUUAUUAACCAAUCAAUCAAUACGACACCGUUUUGGUUCCCAUUCUAUGUUUUCUCGCUUAUGGCGGAAUCAUCAUCAUCAUCUUCAUCUUCUAGCGCCGUUAGUUUCAAAGAAAAUCCAUGGAAAGGUGUUUUCGCUGUCUCCGGAAUCAUGCUUACCCUUGUCACCUAUGGCAUCUUACAGGAAAAGAUCAUGAGAAUACCUUACGGGACAGAAAAAGAGUAUUUCAAGCAUUCACUAUUUCUUGUUUUCUGCAACCGCAUUAUGACGUCUGCUGUUUCCGCUGGUUCUUUGCUGGCAAGUAAAAAAGCAUUGGACCCAGUGGCUCCCAUUUAUAAGUAUUCCCUUGUGUCAGUAUCAAACAUACUAACCACAACUUGUCAGUAUGAGGCCCUCAAAUAUGUUAGCUUUCCUGUUCAGACUCUUGCAAAGUGUGCUAAAAUGAUACCGGUUAUGCUCUGGGGUACACUUAUCAUGCAGAAGAGAUAUCAGGGACCUGACUAUUUGUUGUCUUUUUUAGUUACCCUUGGCUGCUCAGUAUUUAUCCUAUAUCCGGCAGGAACAGACAUAAGCCCAUACAGUAGAGGAAGGGAAAAUACUGUUUGGGGUGUUCUUCUAAUGGUUGGCUAUCUUGGGUUUGAUGGGUUUACAAGCACAUUCCAAGAUAAGAUGUUUAGAGGCUAUGACAUGGAGAUACAUAAUCAGAUAUUUUAUACAACAUUGUGUUCUUGUAUUCUUAGCCUGACAGGUCUUAUUGUACAAGGACAAAUGAUAUCAGCAGUAGAGUUUGUAUAUCGGCAUCAUGACUGUUUCUUUGACAUAGCAUUACUUUCAACUGUUGCAACAAUUAGUCAAUUUUUUAUUUCCUACACAAUUCGCACUUUUGGUGCUCUGACAUUUGCUACCAUAAUGACCACAAGACAGUUGGUGAGCAUUAUGUUGUCGUGUGUGUGGUUUUCCCAUCCUCUUAGCUGGGAACAGUGGAUUGGAGCCGUCAUUGUUUUCGGCUCCCUUUAUGCAAAAAGUUUCUGGAAGAAGGCACCUCAGAAGACACCCUCAUAUGUAGCACUUGUUCAAAAUGAGGAUUCAAAUGAUUUGAAGGAUUUGAAGGACAACCCAUGACUGAGAUGGGCGUAAAGCAUACUGACCUUACACCUGACAAUGUUUGAAGAGGUUCAAUUUUAAGCUCACGAGCUGCACAUCCAGUAUUUAAGAUCAGGGAUAGCUAAUUAUACAGAGGUGGUUUGACUUAAAUUCAAACAGCACCAAGUGCGGCUAGGUUCCUCGAUUUUGGCAUCACUGUCAUAACAAUACCGAACUUGAAAAGGAUGUUGUUAACCCCACAUUUUUUUCCAAGGGGGAGAUCAAUUGUAGACCUUGCUAAAGCCAAAAGAUGUUUAAUGAUUGAGAAAUGUAUAAUGUGUUGCUCAAGCAAAGUUGUUUUUGUUCAGUUUUCCAGAAAUGUGUAAGAGGGAUAAGAUGGAAGAUUUGUGGUAAUUUUUGGGGUCCAUUAUUUACUUAAUAUCAUUAUUGGCAAUUUAUUUUAUGAA